ACAUUUUCAGAUUUUUUGUUCGAUAUGACAUAUGUAGCACUUGAUGGGUAAUUGUGCAGGAAAGCACGUCUCUCCCCCUCCUACAGAACAAAGUAGCGAUGUUCAUGCGUUGCAUGAUUCGUGUGAGCCUUCCAAAUAUGUCGUGAGAACAAGUUCUCAACCUAUGGACUUGUGUGAUAGCUACAAAUCUAAUUCCUUAAAAGUAAUUCACGAAGACGGACUAAUAAAUAAACUCGUAAUAACAAAAGAGCAUGAAAAAGUUUCAUCCUGCGUAACUCGCGAGAGAUUUUCCACUGGGAGAGAUUUGUCUUUUGGGAGCAAGUCCAAUCUAUCAACUCCAAAAACUUCUCUUGUCAAUGUUUUCGCAGGAAGCCAUUGCACUGAAGAUCCUCAGGAAACAGUACUUCCUAGUAGCUUUCACUUUCCGAGGUUGGCUUUAGAGCAGAUGACAAGAGAUAUGAGGGUUCAUCAUUCUGGCGUACGAAACAGUGCGAAUUUCGAUUACUUAGAUAAUAAGCAUUCUAUGAGUCCAGUUCACUGGUGCGUUUCUUCAAGUAAGCCAUCAGACGAGAUUGAUAUGCAGAAAAUAAAUUCUCCACAUCGGAGUAAUAUUCAUGUACAAUCACAUUCGCAUUUACAACAACAUUCCUCGUUGAAUAUUAUGCCUUUCUUGGUUGGCAACAGGUAUUCUCGAAGUGGCUGUGCAAGUGUCACUCGAAGCGCGAUGGAAUCCCCACUCACAAUCGAUUCAGGGACUCACAAAUCGGACAAACCGUAUAGAUCAUCUGUUGUUGUUGACUCCAAUCGUCUGAAGAAUCUUGAGCAAAAUAGCGGAACAGUUAGCACUGCUGCAACAAUUUUUAUGGAAAAUGGUAGUUCGGAUCAUCAUUCUUCCGUCGGUGGUCUUUCAACUCGUUAUCUUGUUCAUCAGCCAUAUUUUCCUUCAAGUGCUGGCUCAUCCAGUCGUCUUAGUUUGGGUUCGGUGGGUCCAUGUAUAAAUUCGAAGAAGUUCUACCCUCUUACGCAAGAAAACUCCCACAACAGUGAAUAUUAUCACAUUGCCAUUUUCGACUAUGAAGCUCAUACAUCAGAGGAAGUUAGCGCACGAAAAGGUGAUCAACUUCGAGUUUUGGAUUUAAGUGAUUCAGAAUGGUGGUUAGUUGAACAUUCUGGACAAGUUGGUUACAUUCCAUCAUCUUAUUUAGCUCAAGCUAAUUCGGUUGAAGCUGAAGAUUGGUACUUCAGAAGUAUAUCAAGAAAAGAUUCAGAACGUCUUUUGUUAUUAAAAGGAAAUAUUCGUGGGACAUUUCUGGUUCGAGCUAGUGAAACAACAAAUGGUGCUCUAUCCUUGUCAGUGCGUGAUACAGAACAACAAAGAGGUGAAACUGUAAAACAUUAUAAAAUUAAACAAUCCUCUGAAACUGGUGAUGUGUAUAUAACUACAAAACAAGUCUUUCCUGAUUUAAAAUCAUUAGUUAUUCAUUAUUCUAAUCAAGCGGAUGGUUUAUGUUGUUGUCUUACACGUCCAUGUCCAAGACCACCUCCUGUACCAACUGAUUUAUCAAGAUUAACAAGAGAUCAAUGGGAAAUUUCACGUUCCUCAUUGAAAUUAAUUGAAUUAUUAGGUGCUGGUCAAUUUGGUGAAGUUUGGAAAGGAAAAUGGAAUGAAACUAUUGAAGUUGCUGUGAAAACAUUAAAACAAGGUACAAUGACUAAAGAAGAAUUUCUUAAAGAAGCACGUAUUAUGAAACAAUUACAUCAUCCAAGACUUGUACGUUUAUAUGCUGUAGUUACAGCUGAACCAAUUUAUAUUAUUACUGAAUUAAUGAAAAAUGGUAGUUUAUUAAAAUAUUUACGUGAUGGUCCUGGCAAAGAAUUAGGAUUGAAACCAUUAAUUGAUAUGAUGGCACAGAUUGCCAGCGGUAUGGCUUAUUUAGAAAAGGAACAUUAUAUUCAUCGUGAUUUAGCCGCAAGAAAUAUACUUGUCGGUGAAAAUAAUUCAGUGAAAGUUGCUGAUUUUGGAUUAGCUCGAAUUAUUGAUAGUGGAAAUGAAACAUAUACAGCUAAACAAGUAGUUUAUUAUUAACUGAUUGAAUAUUUUAGUUUUUAUUUAAAAGCGAAAACUUUUUUAUUAAUUUCCAUCAAUUCUCAUUCAGAAAAUCGAAAAGUUAAACACAACCAAGUCUAAUAGUUCAGUAGUGUUAAUAUUUUGAAUAAUUGAUUUUAUAGGUCAAUUGAAUCUAGGAAACCAUGGAAAACCUGGAAUCACUUGAUGGCCAUUUCGUCCUAUUGUGGAGCUAGUCCGUGUCGGGUAGAAACAGGUAUCUACCUCAGUACAAUGGAAGAUGGUCGCGCAAUUUCAUGAAUUGGCUGAUGUUAGACACUAACACCAUUGAAUACCGGCUCAGUGGUCCAGUAGGUUAAGCGUUCGCACGCGAGACUGAAGGCCCUGGGUUCGAAUCCCACGAGGCAGGAUCGUGGAUGCGCACUGCUAAGGAGGAGUCCCACAGUAGUGCGAAACAGUCCUCCAAUGCUUCCAGGUUUUUAGUGGUGGUUUAACAACAAUCGGUUCAUUAUCUCAAUCAAAAACUUAAUAAUCUCCACAACCCCUAUACUGGUUUUAUUUUAGUUCACUAAUUAACUUGCAUAGAAACUAUGCGUUAAGAAACAUAUGAUCAUGGAUAUCAUUUACUAUUAAACUAUACAAGGGGUAAAGAUGCCUAUUACUUAUAUAUCAUUUUAAUUUAAACUGAUGACGUAACUUUAUUUUCUUUCAAUUCCUUUUUAAUAUUAGGGUGCUAAAUUUCCUAUAAAAUGGACUGCACCAGAAGCUGCAUUAAUGGGUAGAUUUACAAUUAAAUCAGAUGUAUGGUCAUUUGGUAUUGUUAUAUAUGAAAUUAUUACUUAUGGACAAGUACCAUUUCCAUCAAUGAAUAAUACAGAAACAUUACAACAAGUAGAAAAUGGUUAUCGUAUGCCAUGUCCAUUAAAUUGUCCUAAUUCUAUAUAUGAAAUAAUGUUAAAUACAUGGGAUGCUAAACCAGAAUGUAGACCAACAUUUGCUUUUUUAUGUAAUUAUUUUGAAGAUUAUUUUACAUCAUCUGAAUUGUCAUAUCGUCCAGCUGAUAAUACUAAUAAUAUUGAUGAUGUUAAUGAAAAUGCUGAUGAUGAUAUUCGAAUGUUUCAUUGUAAUAAUAUAAAUGAUCAUGAUCAUCGUCAAAAUAAACAUCAUUUAGAGAAACGUAAAUUAAAUUCAACUUUAUUAAGUCAAGAUACAACUAUCCUAUAUGAUCAACGUAAUAAUAAUAAUAAUAAUACGAAUACGAAUAAUAAACAAAAUGAACAUUCUCCAUCGCAUCAUUUCAAUGAGAAUUCAAUGACAACACAACAAUUAUCAAAUUCACCGCAUAUUUGUACAGUUCAAAUGUGUUAAUUAUCUAAUGUUUGUAUAUAUAUAUAUACCACACACACAGAGAGAGAGAGAGAGAGAGGAUACAAGAUUUAAAAUAGUUCACAACUCAUUCAUUCAUCCUUUCAUUGUUUCAUUUGAAUUAGUUCCCUUCUGUUUCUAUUCUUCUUUCAAUUUAAACAAAUAAUCAUUAUGUAUUCAACUUUGAACUCAAAUUUUCUUUUGGACAUUUGAAAGUGCCUUGUAUUCUUAUUGACUUUUAUUUACUUACUUACUUAUUAAACAAAACAUUCAUUAUCAUCAAAAUAAACUUGAUUGUUUACUGAUUUUUACUUCAUUGAACUUUGAUCCAGGGCCUAAACAACAUUACAAAAGAAAACACUUUUUUCCCUCUCUCUCUCUCUCAAUAUAUAUAUAUAUAUUCUUUCCUAUUAUGAAUUCGUUUUUUUUAAAUAAAAAAAGAAGAAAAAAGACCCCAUCUCCCGGUGUUUGUUUAUACAACUGUACAAAUAAGGAUAAUCAUACAACUAUAGUAAUAAUAAUAAUAACAACAACAAACAAAACAUGUUUUAUACCCGUUUCAUCACACAUAAUUCAAAUUGAAUUUCUUUUAAAGGUUAUUCACUAGAUAAUUUAGAGAUAAAAACUUUUUAGUAAACUAAUUUUUUUCUUUCUUCAUUGAUUUACUCCUUUUUUUAAAAUUGUAAUAGUAACUAUGCAAGAAACUUUAAAUAUUGGAAAUCAAUAUUCAUUAUCUUUGAUUAUAUAUAUGCGCUCAUUUCUUUGUUUUUUUUUCUUCUUCUCCACAUCAUGACAAUUGCAUUUUGUUUGUUUUGGAAAUCUCCCUUCAUCAUGAUACAUUCGUUUCUGAUUUUUCUUCAUUUAAAGGUUAGAAGUUGAAUAUUGUCUGUUAAUAGGGAUAUACUUUAAUUGUUGCCUAAUUAUAGAAAUCUUUCUUUUUUUUAAAAAAAAUAUUUUUUUAAAAGAAGGUGAAUCAAAUUCAUACAAUGAACAAUGUUAGAAAGAUUGUCUUUCUAUACUUGAAUGAUACAUUAACUGUUUAAAUGAAUCAUUUGAGCAACUUCUUUGUUCGUUUCUGUUAAAUUUGUUUUAGUUACAGAUGAUAAUCAUUCAAUUCAUAUAGGCUUACUCUUCAUUUCAAUACCAACUUGAUAAUAAUAAUUAUGAUGAUAUCUAUUUGUAUAAUUUAAUAGGAUUUUCCAUUUCAUUUAUGCAUUACAUUUAAUAAACAUGUUGUCCUAUUGAUAGAUUGUUUGGAUCCCUUUUACUUCGUCUACUUCUUCAUCUCUUACUCUCAUAUCUUUUGAUGGUCAUUUUCUUUUUUAGUGUCUUGUCUUUCUUUAUUGAUUUAAAUUAGAUAAUACAAAAGAGAAGAUGACAACAUCAACAACAACCUCAGGAUGAAAUAAUGAUUGAUAAGAAAGUGUGUCACUGUCGUAUA